CCUGACUGUCAGCGGACAACUCCAUGCCGAAGCCUUAGCCCAAGGAUUAGCCGAAAUGGCUUUCGCUGAUUUAGAAAUAAUAAUCAAUUUAGCCGAAAAAAUGAUAAAAUAUGUAAUAAAUUAUGUUCUUGACAAUAAUAGCACCGAAUUAGAAUACUUAGAAAAUUAUGACCAGGAAAAUAAAAAAGAGAUAAUUAAUAAAUUAAAAAAAAUUGUUGAUAAAAAGUUUGAAAGGAUGGAUUAUUCUGAACACGAAAAAUAUUUAUGUCAAUAUUUUAAUAAUGCUCCGGUUUUUGUUCUCAAUUUUCCCAAAGAAAUAAAGGCUUUUUAUAUGAAAGACGGAGCCUUAUCAGAGGCCAAAAAUGAAGUUUUGUCGGAGAACAAAAAAAAAAUUGUGGCUUGUUUUGAUUUAUUGUUUCCGGAAAUUGGGGAAUUAAUUGGAGGAAGCACGCGGGAGGAUAAUUAUCAAGGCUGGCAAGGUAAAGUCUUGGAAGUGGAAAAUGUUGGGGCAGCAAAAAAAUGCUUGCGGGCCUUACAAAAUGGAACUGUUACCGCUUUUGGUGGCAGGUUUCGUGGAAUUA